CGUCAGCCCGUCUCGAACACUGUACCGCCACAUCAGAUGGAACGACAUAAGGGCUCUAAAAACAUUCAGGAACAAAGAUAUAUCCCAAUAAAUCCCUAUGGUCUGAUGGCAACUUCAAAUGUUCGGACCAUAAAAAAACGAAAUACAGCAAACAAAAAAGAGCGUAGACGGACACAAAGCAUAAAUAAUGCUUUUUCAUACCUUCGUGAAAAAAUUCCAAAUGUUCCAUCAGAUACGAAAUUAUCCAAGAUUAAAACAUUAAAAUUGGCAAUUUUGUACAUAAACUACUUAGAGGAUCUUCUGGAUGGAGAUCAGGAUGAAAAAGGCGUGUUUCUUGCAGAGCUUAAUCCGGCACAUCACAAAACAUGUUGCGAUCAGAAUAAGUGUCUAAAAAGUGAUUUUCAAGUAAGAUUAAUUUAUAACAAUGAUUAUACCCAGUACUUAAAGAAUACCGCGCUAUACUAAAUUUGAGUAAGAUUGGUAGAUAAUUACACAUG